GCACCUCCCACGUCCUAUAUGCGAGAGAUCGAGAGAGAGGCACAGAGAGGAAGAGAGAGAGUCUGCUGUGGUGGUGUUUGGAAAUCGGACGACAUGAGCUCUACAUGAACCGUGUAAAAUGCUUUAAGACGCUUUCGGCGUUUGUCUUACAUCCGUCUGAACCGAGGACGAGCCUGAAGCGGAGCUAUACUUCACGACCAGGUGUAACGCUGUCUUUAGCCUGAGGGGGGCAGAAUGCCGGAGCAGAGCAACGACUAUCGUGUGGUGGUGUUCGGGGCGGGGGGGGUGGGGAAGAGCUCCCUGGUCCUGCGCUUCGUGAAAGGCACCUUCAGGGACACCUACAUCCCCACGGUGGAGGACACCUACCGCCAGGUGAUCAGCUGUGAUAAGAGUGUGUGCACGCUCCAGAUCACGGACACCACGGGGAGCCACCAGUUCCCCGCCAUGCAGCGCCUGUCCAUCUCUAAAGGCCACGCCUUCAUCCUGGUGUACUCCAUCACCAGCAAGCAGUCCCUGGAGGAGCUCAAACCCAUUUACCAACAGGUGUUGGCCAUAAAGGGAAACGUUGAGGCCAUCCCCAUCAUGCUCGUGGGGAACAAGAGCGAUGAGACCCUUCGGGAGGUGGAGACCAAGGACGGAGAAGCCCAGGCCAACCAGUGGAAGUGCGCCUUCAUGGAGACGUCGGCCAAGACCAACCACAACGUCACGGAGCUCUUCCAGGAGCUCCUCAACCUGGACAAGAAGAGGAACAUGAGCCUCAACAUCGACGGAAAGCGCUCGGGGAAGCAGUCCCGCGCCGAGAGACUGAAGGGAAAAUGCAGCGUGAUGUAAGAGGUGGAGGUGGAGGUGGAGAGAGGUGGGGAAGAAUUACAGAGAACAGGAAGUAGAGAGAGAGAGAGAGGAAGGACUCACUAAACGUAUCCUCGGAGCAAAAUGUUACGAAGGUGUAACGGAAAUCUCAUCAUUCACCUCUGUUUGACCCAAUCACUACCACAGCUCUCAGUUUGGAGCCUUAUGUGCAUUCUGUGGAGAGGAGAAAUGAGCGCACAUUUAAAACAAGAAGUACGCGUAGCAUCAUCCAAGCGCUCACAAAACCUGGCUGUGGAUCUCAGCAAGACCUUGGACUGCAAUGACUACAAGAAGGUUUCUAAAGUGAUCCAAAAAAAUGUUGUCCUCUCUCACUUCUUCAUCUAAGCCCCUCCCCCCUACUCAGCGCACACCGCUCGUCACCCCUCACAUACCCCCCUACUAUAACAAAUAGACGUAACGUAAUUGUAACAGAGUCGAUACACUUAGUUAAACUCACUCUUCUUGUGGAAACGCCAGCUCAAGGUGUAAAAGGGAAAGUACAGGUGUGAUACUGUUAGCAUGAAUGACGUUAGCGCACCCAGCUACAUCCCAGAGCAACUCCUGAGGACUCUGAUGUAUAUAAACACGGGAUAUUUAAAUAUAUUCCAUCUAAACACACGCCCUGCACAUUAGUAACAAGUCAAAGGGAGAGGUUUGAAGCAUUAACGCUUCAUCUCCUGAUCCUCAGCCUCUCUCCGGAAACAUUAAAAAAAAGACCCUUAUUAUUUAUCAAGAAGUCAUUCUACUAAAAACUCAUCCGCAAACUCUUUAAAUGUCUAAGUCUGAAGUGGAGGGGCUUCCAGCGGGUAGGCGCAUACACGCUGCUGAUACGACGCAACAAUCCUUUUAAGACUUUCAUUUAGGACAGAAAAGCUCUGGAGGAAAAGAAGAUGGACACUCGUCGAACACAGGAAACACAAAAUCAAGUCUGCCUUGUCUACGAGGAUGAUACACUCGGAUAAUCAUUGCCAAGCUGGUGAGACGAAGAAGUAGAUUUUUGGUCCUGAGGUCAAGAGUGUCAGUUUACUUUGGCACCUUCCACGUGAAGGUGUCUCUUCUUUUGCCUUUUUUAUUCUUGUUUGCUAUCUUUAUGAAGCUUUAUAUAGUCAUGUCAAAGUCAGAAAAGCCCUCUUUAAACAAAAAAAAGCACACAGAUAAUUAAAUAAAUAAGGGAUAAAUGUAAAAUGGUUGCAUACAGAUUAUUUAAUGUGACCUGAAUCACUUACAUUCUGUUUCCUCUUUGGUUGUUUUGGUCACAUUACCUCUCACAUGCAGGCGUCGGUAAACAGGAAACAGAAUGAGUCACACACACACACACACACACACACACACACACACACACACACACACACACACACACACACACACACACACACACACACACACACACACGCGACCGUAAUUGUUCAUGUUGUUGCCUGUUAUGUUUAAAGGAUCUCCGCUUAACUCAGAAUAUCCUCCUGGAGCUCUGCUGUAUGUCCAAAGUGCAUGUUUAAACCUUUUGUCCCUACGCAGGAGCUCUGAAUAUUGUACACGGUAAACACGGGACAGCCAAAAGCACAAUACUUUUUUAACUGCAUAUCUUUUAUCAUUUCUUUUUGUAUUUCCUUUUUGUACGUUUCUCUUCCUUUUAUCUGUCUCCUCUGUGUGAUUUAACAUGUAUCUGAACACGGAGGAAACAGUCACCGGUAUCUCCUUCAUCUGUAGAUGUGAGUGUUGUUAUGUGUCCGGUGCAUGGCACAAUGAGGUUGUGGUUCUGCUGAACAACAGGGUUUCAUGAUGUGACCGUUAGCUGUGUGUAGGUCGAGUAGGACUCAGUACGGGGGGGGGGCAGAUUAUUUGCCUACUUUUCUCCAUCUCUAAAGCGGUUUUAACAACAAUUUGAGUGGAGGGUAAUCUGCUCUUGUUCUGUUAAACCCAAAGACGCAGAUUAUGCCUGGUUGUAAGUGUGUGUCCGUCUGUUCUGGACAAAACAAAAGCACAGCAACUGUUUCCAUCCGUCCUCCUUCUCUGUCUGUAUGUGUGCAGCAGAAUCAAGAACCGGGCACUUUAGGGUGACAUUUUACUUGAAGACUUGCUUAUUUAAAUCAGCGAUGCCUCAUUUAUAAGCACCAUGUAAAAUGUCCCUCCUGCAUUGUUCCAUAAAAUAACAACUUCCAACAGUGUUGUUAUUGUAAAUAAAGCAUACGGUAGUUGAAUGAAAUGUUUAUAAGAGCUUCAAGUAAGAUGUUACCCAUGUAAAGAAAAACUGUCUUUCUGGGAAUAAGUCCUUGGAGUCGUUGUUACAGUAGGAGGUUCGAUGUUGCUAUUUACUGUAGUUUACAGCUUAUUAAUAACGAUGCUCAUGAUAUAUUUGACACAUCCACUCUUCAGCUAUACCAAUCAGAUAAUACGUGAAUAUGUAACUAAAGGUGCCACUCCAUGGCCGUUUCUGUUUUCUUAAUGAAUCAGUUAUCGAUGUGUUGUCCUUUGCACUAAUGUGAGGUCCUCCUAAACUCCUAAACGUUGCAUUGUAAACCGUACCCUUUACUAACAUGUUAGAAGCCAGGGAUGCUCACUCUUACUUACCCUUUCUUUUUGCCAUCAGUUUAUACUUUAAACAACUUGUAAUUGACAUAGUUUGUCCUGGCUUGCUUUAGAUGCCAGAAGGAUGGAGUGAUUUCUGUCUGAUGUGUCCUUCAAAAGGUUAAAAAGCUAGAAAUAAUCAUCUGUUUAUCAAUCAGACAGUUGGCCUGAUCUGAUGUGUCGUUACCGGCAGUAGUGGUGCACACGCUACAUAAAUAUGAGCUUCACGCAUCUGGUGGGUUAAUGCAAAACGCCAGCUUGCGAGCGCAUGUUUGUGCAAUCUGUUGUUCUGCUGACGUCUACAGGAGGCUGUCCAUGUCCCUGCGUGGAAUACGAUACAGCAGGCAGAGAAAAACAAGGAGACAGCGCGUGAUAGCGGUACCGACAACAAGCUGGAGUUAGAGGCUGUGUGCCAUUAAUAGGAAGGGUGUGAUAAAUAUUGAGAGCGCUUACUAACUAGCCUGUGUAGGAUUCAGAUGUGCAUGUGAGGAGGCGUGCAUGGGAAGUGUGUGAGCGUGCGUUGUGUUUCUUGGGCUGUGUGAGUUAAAUGCUGGCAUGAAUCAGGACAGACACCUCUGCCCCCCGUCCUCCCAUCGCUUGUCUCCUCUUAUUUAUCAAUGAAGCAUAUUCACUGCUGCUUUCUGUGUGGAAGCCCACGAGUGCAUCCAUGUGUCUGUCCAAUUAGCCCCGUGUGUGUGUGUGUGUGUGUGUGUGUGUGUGUGUGUGUGUGUGUGUGUGUGUGUGUGUGUGUGUGUGUGUGUGUGUGUGUGUGUGUGUGUGUGUGUGUGUGUGUGUGUGUGUGUGUGUGUCGGUUGCACUAGAACAGACGGGAGGCUAACCCUGCUCGCUCCUGGUUGUAGAUAGUUGUAAAUAGUGUUCAAAGGACUUCAUAUUUCAGAGAGGAGAGUGCGCAGAGGAAAGCAUGCCGUGGUGGGAAGGUGCCGUCACCUGUGUCUCCUUAUUGUAGUCAAAGUGUCCAAUUCGAAAUGACACAGCAACGCUUGCAAAGUUUUCUACAGAGGAGAGCUUCUUAACCGGCUUUAUUAAAAAUAAGCUAAAACUGCAAGUAAAACAGCUUUUGAUUUUAAACAGGGUAAUCUACGGAAGCCCAAAGUGACCAAUAUUCAAUUUUAAAUGAACAAUCAUAUGACCAAAUACAGGCUUUUUAAGGUAAUAUACGUGAAAUUCUGAAAUAUUGCAAUAAUGAUUUAGUAAUUUAUUAAAUGUUAAACAUUGGAUCUCCAUAGAAAUCCACAUUGGCAGCUUUUGUCCCAGUUUCUGAUUAGGACCAGGCAAAGUUUACGUCACCAGGUACUGGGUACUCACUGGUCAUGUUGCAUAAGAGCAUGUUGUUGUACAGCAGAGGAAGUGUGGAUCACAUGUGUGUUUUUUCCAUAGCAGGAUGGGAAACAUGAUGCUCAAACGAAAGGGCAGCUGGUCUAUCUAAAUACAAAGAAAUGUUGUUGUGUUCUAGUCUAACUAUGUUCCGUAAACUCAUUCCUACCAACGGGGGCAGGUUGACGUCCUGUUGAGUCGAGGAUCUGAAAGAAAACUGACCCCAUUAACCUCUCCGCCUCACCCCUUCACAUCUUGUCUGAUCGCCUAAGACCCUCACGAGCUGUUUUCUGUGGACAAGCGGCAUACAGUGGGGCAUUUAGACUCUGUGGGUAAAGUAGUUUGGUACUAUCCUGUCGCUCUGGCCGUUCAUCCCUGCAUGGUCCCUAUUGGUGUUCCAGCCAGCAUGAGAACAAGGACACAAACUGUGAAUCAUCUUUGUAUUUUUUAAAUAAAUUCCUCAGCAGGAUUUACGGCUUUGUUUUAGCAAAUGUUUCUAUUUCUUUUAAGCACUUCUUUUUUUUGUGUAAAUUAUUCUUUUGGUUUAUUUCCUUUUUUCUGUUGGGACUUUUUUUUUAUUUAACCAAUUAUGAUGUAUAGAUAUUUAUUCUAGCAAUAGUCUUCCUAUUAAGAUAUACUGUGCUGAUGCAUCCUCUGAAUAACUGAAAAUAGCAUAUAUAUAAAUAUAAAUAUAUAUAUAUAGAUGAUAAUAAUCAAAUCUGCAAAAUGAUUUUCCUAAUAAAAAUGUGAACUGAG